GAUAAUAAGAACUCUUUGGCUCAUUUGUCCACAUGUUGUGGAAGUCCCGCUUACGCGGCGCCGGAACUACUUCAAGGACCCCACUAUUCGGGACCGGCUGUCGAUGUCUGGAGCGCUGGUGUCCUCUUGUUUGCGCUUUUGGUCGGAAGGCUUCCCUUCGAUGACGAGAAUAUCGGCGCUCUUUAUAAGAAAAUACAGAGUGGAUUUUAUCGAAUGCCUGAUUGGCUGUCAUCCGACGCUAAAGAUCUGAUCCGAUCGAUGCUUAAGACAAAUCCAAUGGAACGCAUCACUAUUGAGAAGAUAUUAAUCCACCCGUGGCUGAGAGAUGUGAUGAUUGACAACAAGACAACCGUUCAGGUGAUGAAAUCAAAUCUGGACGAAGAAGUCUUCUUCAAAUGCCACCGACUCUUCCCUGACGUUCCUCUCAAAGAGUUGCGACAAAACAUUUUGCAUGGAUUUGGUUAUCAAACGUCCUGUUAUUGGCUCUUGAAAAUGAACGCCAAUUCUGUUGAGCCAUUGCCAAUGUUUGCCAUUAAAUCGCCGCUCAAUAAGACAUCUGUUCAAAGACGGCGUUCAAAGAGUUUGGACGAACCCAUCAAUAAUGAAAAUAGUAUUAAUUUUUAG